AUGGCCAGUGGCCGCGCCCCAGCUUUUUGGGACACCUGUGUGACUGGUGCCGACACAGCCACACCAAACUACUUUAGCGUUUCGCUAACUUUUAGCAAUAUACUAGUUUUUUCUCCAUUCUACAACUGGAUCGACCACAAGGAUACUGCCCGCUUGAGAGGGAAAGACCCUGUGAACACUUCGACCACCCCAGAACCCAUUUUUACACCUUCUGUGCUGUUUUCUGGACACCGGACUGACUGCAGCUGUGGACAGUGGACACCCAUUCAUCUCAACUGGCCCGUGCCGAGAGGCUGGAGACUGCUUUCGCUGGUGCAGGGUGGCGCCAACGCUCACGAGAAGCAAAAGCUGUACUAUGAUGGGACCGUCCGUCACCAGCCGUAUGCAGUAGGGGAUCUGGUAUGGCUGCAUAAUCCGACAGAGGACCAUAUGAAACUUGCUCCCCACUGGAGGGGGCCCUACAGGGUGCUGUCUGUGUUGGGCUCUCAGGGGGAACCUGGCCUCACCUAUCAUAUUGGCAGCCCUUUGGACUUUGAUGGACAGGGGCAGGUCGUCCAUUAUGAUAGACUGAAACCAUACACACUACCGAUGGCUGCUGGUUUUUCAGAUAGCCUGCCGGCUUCUCCUCUUUAUGCUCCCUCGCUGCUGGACGAGGGGUCGCCAGAGGGACAUUUGUGGCUGAGGAACCGCUGGCCUCUGGUGACACAGGAACUGUUCGGAUUACAGGCACCAGUGAGCCACUACAGACUGUUUCUCGUUCUGGGAGGACUGUGAGAAAACCAGUUCGUUUCAAGGACUUUGUCACAUUUGGUUAGCUGUUUCAAAAAAAAAAAAAAAAAAAAAAAAAGGUCAAGGUCACUUAACAUGUUUUCUUACUGGGAUGGCACAUUUUUCAUAUGUGUAUAGUAUGUCUGAAUGCUAUGGUGUAUCAGAAUUUUCUGGUGUACAUGGGGGAUAGUGUGGCAUGCUUUAUUGAGACUGUGCAGUUGUGUGAGGGGUAACAUGCAUUUUGUUAUUGUUAUUAAGAUGUUGUUUUAUGGUGCUGGGUUGCUUCUGAAGUUCACAGAUUAAUAUGCACUUCUUUUUUUUUUGUGCCAGGGUAUGUUUUUCUGCUAUGUCUUUAGGAGGACAGAUUGAGAAUGUUUUGGACAAGCCUGUGUUUUUUUAUGCACUUAUGCUGUUAUUGUGUUGAAACGAGGACGUUUCUUUUUGUAGGAGGGGACGUAUGUAACCUAUUUUUAUGGACUUGCCUCUUAGAGUGAUUUUAAGUUCCUGUUAUAAGCUGUCACCACAGUACAUGCCUUGAGCUCUUAUUUUGAAGGCUUAACAGAGAGCGGAAGUGUUGUUACAAGGUGUGGUAGCAGUGGAGUUUACGGUUGGAAUGGAAGACGGAAUAAAGUGGUCCUUGUGUGAAACUGCAGCCUCCGUAUUGUUAUUUUAUAGUUUUACACAGUAUAGGCGACAUCUGUAAACCCUCGGUUACAUAACAAAUGGAUUUUUAAAGAUGAAUUUCUCUAAAAUGAUAUGGUAAAAAUGCAAGAUAAU